AUGUUCGGUUCUGAUCCGCUGCAGCAGCUGGAGAUGUUCGGUUCUGAUCCGCUGCAGCAGCUGGUGAUGUUCGGUUCUGAUCCGCUGCAGCAGCUGGUGAUGUUCGGUUCUGAUCCGCUGCAGCAGCUGGUGCAGUGGAUCGGGUCACUAAUCAUUUCGAGGUUUUGUUUUGCAGAAAGAGCGCCCUGCUGCCUCACAGCCAUUGAAGCUCACAGACUUAGUUAUGGGAACUUUCUGUUCCAGACCAUCGACGGCGACCUGAACGCAUCGCUUGCAGUCGCAGAAGUAUCCAAGGAAUUUAGCUCCCUGAUGCAGGAGGCUUCCUCCACCGACCAAAACACUUCGUCUGACUUUAAGACCAGUUCUUCCGUCUCCAGAGACAGACAUCUUUCGUCUGGACCUUCCACUCCCAGCUCCACGUAUUCGUCGAGCAGCACCAAUGGCAGCUCCAGCUCCAGCUCCAGCUCCAAACCGCUCUCUCCAAGCUCCACGUAUUACACCAGUGACUCGGUCGUCUCCAGCAGCAGGAACGCUCCGUCACCCCCCGUCCACUCCAACAGCCCCCACUCCUCUCCUAAGAUACACCGGGUGGUGCACAACACGCACCGGCGGACCGGAUCAGACAGCUACAUGUUUACGCCGCAGAGUCCCAAACAGCCGCCCCGCUCGCCCAGGCCCGACUCCCCGUCUUAUUUUGAAAGGAGUCCACAAGGCCUGAUUAGUCACAGGGAAAGAAGUCAACCCUCGAGCUGGACAGCCGGUUCUUUGGACCUGUCACCUCGCCCGGUUCCACAGCAGAUGUCCCAAAACUUGCUGACUUCGUACGACAGCAACCAGAAGGGCCACAGGUCCCCUCAGCCAGAUAAAGUCCCCUCCGCAGGGUUCCAGAGAUCGUUCUCUCCUCUGUCUUUAAACUCUCAAACAUCCAGCACCCUUCCUCGAAAUUUUACCCAAGUCAGUCAAACUGAAGAGUCUGUGAAAAGACAAAAAGGUCCAGGCAAGUGGAACGAAACAGAUCUGGAUGUGUCCUACGAGAGGAAACCUCAACACACCUAUGACACGACAGAAUGGCGUCGAUCACCUGCUCCGAACAGCAACUGGCGGGAAUCCAACCUGGAUAACCCUGCUCCAGCCUUAAACCCUAAAAAGGAUCCUCGCUCAGUUCCCCACCAGGGUUCCUACAGCUCUUUGCCCCGCGGAGCUCGUAUAGCUGUUCCACCAGAUGCCUCGUCCUCAGGACACUCCCCUUAUGGCCCUCAGCCAAUCGUCUCCCGUGUCAACAUGCCUCCCUUAUCUUCCUUGCCUCGCCAAAGUAGGCGCAUACCAAUCUCUGUCAUCCUGCGCCUGCAAAAUCCCCACUAUGGACAAAUGUCGGCCCUCCAAAAUCAGCCAAUGGAAGGACAAGGAGACUUUGCACAUUACCGCAUGCCUGAAGUGGCUCCGAGGAAGUUCUUUCAGUCCCCUGCCUAUCCCUCACAGCCUUAUCCACCUGAGCUGAGACAACCUGCUGUUUAUAGUGACGCACUACAUGCAGAGGAUGUAGAUGCAGAGAUACAGCGCCUGGAUAUUCUCCACAAUCCGCCAGCUUUGGAGACUCCUGCCGUGCCAAGGGCUGGUGGAGAGGUCGAACAGGUUGUGACCCCAGCUCCCCGACCCCUCAGCCCCACCAGGUUGCAACCAGUGGUGGCCCCGGAGGUCCAGAACCCUGAAAUCCCGGAUCGGGAGGAGCUGCUCCGCAUCAGGGCUGAAAUCCCCCGGGCGCUGAAGAGACGUGGCUCUGUGGACGUUUCUCGGUCCCCGAAGAAAACCUCGCAAUACCAGCCAAACCAGUAUAAAAACAUCAUCCACAAGCUAUUUCAUAGGAAAGAAAACCGCAACAAGGGGGAGAAAGGUAGCGACAGCUCCUCUGAUGGGGAGGAACCCGCCAUGCCUCCCAAUCCUCCACCCACAACCCGGACGCCUCCAGUCAUUCCACAGGAUGAAAAAUACAACUCCAUCCUGAGGAAGCCGGGUCGCAAGAAAUCUGGAAGGCGAGCUAGACUUAGCCCACUGGUUCUGCUGCUGGAUGGAGCGUUGAUGGGAGAAAUGGACACAGUGAUGCGAGGCGUGAAGGAGAUGAGUGACCCCAGCCAAUCAAAUGAUGAGGGCAUCACCGGUUUGCACAAUGCCAUCUGCGGCGGACAUCGCGAAGUCACUGACUUCCUGGUCCGCAUUGGAGCGAAUGUCAGCGCCCCAGACAGCCAUGGCUGGACUCCGCUACAUUGCGCUGCCUCCUGUAACGACCGUGAAAUGUGCGAGUAUUUGGUGAGGAACGGAGCUGCCGUCAUGGCCUUCACUCACAGAGACGGAGCCACCGCCUCCCAGAAGUGUGAUCCUUACCUUGUUGGGUUCGAGGAGUGCGAGAGCUAUCUAAGAGCUAAGGAGGAGUCCAUGGGGGUGGACAACAACGGAGUGCUGUACGCUCUGUGGAGCUACCAGGCUCAGACACCUGAUGAGCUGAGCUUCAAGGAGGGAGACAUGGUCACCAUCCUGCAGAAAACGGACGGCUCCGACUGGUGGUGGGCCUCGCUCUGUGGCAGGGAGGGCUUUGUCCCAAACAACUUUUUUGGGCUUUUCCCAAAGGUUCGUCCAAAAUCUCUCUGCUAA